AGUUCUAUUUUUAUUUGGCCUUAACAGUACUGUUAUAGUGUUAGGAACUCAUAUCCUCCUAAUAACCUUUUCUACGUAUCAGCUGUGAGUACAUGAGUGAUCUUCUUCCUCUUGCACGUGCCAUCAACAUCAUGUCAAGCGAGAUCAUUUGCCACGAUAUUACUGAAAGUAGAGUUAAAAUCGCACAGCCACACGAGCAGUCUGACCACCACCCCUUCCCGGCCGGACCGUGUGUCAGUGUGGAGAUGGCCACUCACUCACCGAUCUCGCUUCCACCUCCACGCCAGAGGCAACGGGCUCCCCGCCGUGAGCUCUUCGGCCACGCGGGCGUCUUGCCUCCCUCGUCCUUCCUCACCGCAGGAGGAUGGCCGCGAUAGCCUCAGCUUCGCCCAGGACCCUGAUCCCUCCGCGGCCGCGCCACCACGGCGCCGCGCCCUCCCCAUCCACCUCCGACGUCUCCUCGCUCCGACUCCUCCGCGCGCACCCGCGCCACGUCCGACGCAGCCGCGGAGUGUCCAUCUCGAUGCCCGUGGCGCGGAGCCGGUCGUUCGUCUUCUCCCCGCGCGCGGUGGCUGACUCCAAGAGCUCCCAGACCUGCCUGGACCCCGACGCCAGCACGAGUGUUCUUGGAAUCAUUCUGGGAGGUGGUGCUGGGACUAGAUUGUACCCCUUGACAAAGAAGCGUGCCAAGCCUGCAGUGCCAUUGGGUGCCAACUAUAGACUGAUUGAUAUUCCUGUCAGCAAUUGUCUCAACAGCAACAUAUCCAAGAUCUAUGUGCUAACGCAAUUUAACUCUGCUUCCCUCAACCGUCACCUCUCAAGAGCCUACGGGAGCAACAUUGGAGGGUACAAGAAUGAAGGGUUUGUUGAAGUCUUAGCUGCACAGCAGAGCCCAGAUAAUCCAAACUGGUUUCAGGGUACUGCAGAUGCUGUAAGGCAGUACUUGUGGUUGUUUGAGGAGCAUAAUGUGAUGGAAUUUCUAAUUCUUGCUGGCGAUCACCUGUACCGGAUGGACUAUGAAAAGUUCAUUCAGGCACACAGAGAAACAAAUGCUGAUAUUACCGUUGCUGCCCUACCGAUGGAUGAGAAACGUGCAACUGCAUUUGGCCUCAUGAAAAUUGAUGAAGAAGGGAGGAUCAUUGAGUUUGCUGAGAAACCGAAAGGAGAGCAGUUGAAAGCAAUGAUGGUUGACACCACCAUACUUGGCCUUGAUGACGUGAGGGCAAAGGAAAUGCCUUAUAUUGCUAGCAUGGGUAUCUAUGUUUUCAGCAAAGAUGUAAUGCUUCAGCUCCUCCGUGAACAAUUUCCUGAAGCCAAUGACUUUGGAAGUGAGGUUAUUCCAGGUGCAACCAGCAUUGGAAAGAGGGUUCAGGCUUAUCUGUAUGAUGGUUACUGGGAAGAUAUCGGUACCAUUGCGGCAUUUUAUAAUGCAAACUUGGGAAUAACCAAGAAGCCAAUACCAGAUUUCAGCUUCUAUGACCGUUUUGCUCCAAUUUAUACACAACCUCGACACCUGCCACCUUCAAAGGUUCUUGAUGCUGAUGUGACAGACAGUGUUAUUGGUGAAGGAUGUGUUAUUAAAAACUGCAAGAUAAACCAUUCUGUAGUUGGACUCCGAUCUUGCAUAUCUGAAGGUGCUAUCAUAGAGGACAGUUUACUAAUGGGUGCGGACUACUAUGAGACAGAAGCUGAUAAAAAACUCCUUGCCGAAAAAGGUGGCAUUCCUAUUGGUAUUGGGAAAAAUUCAUGCAUCAGGAGAGCAAUCAUUGACAAGAAUGCUCGAAUUGGAGACAAUGUUAAGAUACUCAAUGCUGACAAUGUUCAAGAAGCUGCAAUGGAGACAGACGGGUACUUCAUCAAAGGUGGAAUUGUCACAGUGAUCAAGGAUGCUUUACUCCCUAGUGGAACAGUUAUAUGAAGUGAACGUGCGACAUGCAGCUGUGUGUCUCGACAUUCGACAAUGAUCAGCACCUGGUUACAUGCGUGAUCUGCAGAUCAGUCUGUUGGAGAUCAUCGGAGCAAUAAAAGUGUCAUCCAAGGCAUUUUUUCUUUCUUUUUGCUCUUUUGUGUCCUUCAAUGUUGUAGGGUAGAAUGUUGUAGCAGCAAAUGUUAGUUACAUGUUGAAUCGACAUUGGGGGCCUGGAUUUGGGGAUACAUCAUGCUGUAAAUUGAUCAGUUUAAUUACCAUACUGUGCUGCUUUGAGCGAAGCCAUGGAGACCAUGCUCCACUUUUGUGCCUGA